CAUCUCAUGAAUUAAAAUAAAAUAAGAUAAAUGGAGAAUGACUUCCAAUAAUUUAUGCGAUCUGCGAUUUGUUCUAUAUUUCAAGGGGAAAAAUUCAACAUAAUUAAGGACUUGUGUAUUGCAGCAAGUGGUUAUCCCAGAUUGACUUAAAAACUUUUUUUCCAAAUAUCGAGGCUUUUUAUGCUCAGUCUAUGAGUGUUAGGAGAGAACAUUCUUGUUGAUGUUACUUGCAUUCCUGAUGAUUUUUCUUUUAUUAUUGUCUUGGCAAUAGUUAUUGUUCAAAUGAGUAGAAAGAGCAGAAGUGUGAAUUUUCUGAUUUUGUCUUUCCACUUGUUUUUGUUAGAACAUUGCACUUGCACUGCAAGUUCUAACAUAACCUUGUCCAAACCAGUCUUGCAAGGACAAACACUCACCUCAUCUGACCAAGUUUUCAAGUUGGGUUUCUUUACUCCAAAUAAUUCCCAUAAUCAGUAUGUUGGAAUAUGGUACAGGGAGAUUUCUCCGUUGUUUGGGUAGCAAACAGAGAAAAGCCAGUUGUGAAUUCCCCUGCAAGUCUACAAAUUGGCAAAGAUGGAGAACUGAGACUUGUGGAUGGGAAACAGGACAUUAUCUGGUCAACUGGAACCGGUCCUGUCCUGUCAAAUGUUUCGGUAGCAGUGCUUUUAAACAAUGGGAACUUCGUUUUGAUGGACAGUGCUUCAGGAGAAACUUUAUGGGAGAGCGGAAGUCAUUCAUCGCACACUAUCUUACCUGGAACAUAGAUAGCGUCUAAUAUUAAUACUGGAGAGAGACUUGAGUUGAUUUCCUGGAAAAGUGAGAAUGAUCCAUCACCUGGGAUUUUUACUAUUUGUCUCACACAAGAGUCACCCCCUCAAGCCGUCAUUCGGAAUGGAUCGGCGCGGUAUUGGAAAUGGGCAGUGGGAUAAAGCCAAGUUUAUUGGGAUCCCAGAGAUGGAUGAAACAUAUCUAAGCACUUUUAUGCUCCUAGAUGACACUGAGCAUGGAACAACAUCUGUUACUUUUAGAAUUAACCGGUGACUGCAUUUUUUUAUAUUUGCUCAUUUCAUCAACAUCUGUUACUUUUGAAAAGGGCAUCGGUUGGUAUUCAUCCUGGCAAGCACCCAACAGUGGAUGUGAGAUUUAUGGAGCACGCGGACCUUUUAGUGUCUGCAAAAGAUCUGUACCUUUAACUUGUAGCUGCUUGAACGGUUUUGUGCCAAAGACACCAGAUGGGUGGAGCAAAGGAAACUGGACAGGAGGUUGCGUGAGGCGAACCCAAUUGAAUUGUGAGAGAAAUUCUAUCACUGCCGUAGCAGCACAGCAGAAAGGGAAGGUUGACGGAUUUUUGAAGAUGGUAUAAAACUUACUGAUUUUUCUAUAUAUGUGGAGGUUGGCUAUGUAGAUAUUGGAUGCCAUCAGUGGUGCCUGAACAACUGUUCAUCCAUUGCUUAUGCUUAUGUAACAAGAAUUGGAUGUCUGAUUUGGGGCAGUGAUCUUAUAGAUAUGUUAUAGUUUACUUCUGGUGGACAAGAUCUUUUCCUUCGCCUUGCUCACUCAGAAUUAGGUGAAGAGAAGGCAGUGACACUGAUAGUCAGCCUGACAGCCAUAUCAACUUUCAUAAUCUCGAGUACUAUAGUUUAUAGUCUGCAUAGGCGGAGAGCUUGCCAAAAGGUUAAUGAAAGUGGUGCAAAGAACGCUUCAGUACAACGAAUGUGGAGAAAUCAUUUAGAAGCGCAAGGUUCAUUAGAACUGCCUGUGUAUGACUUGGACAACAUCAUACUUGCAACUAAUAAUUUCAGCUUAACAAACAAACUUGGGCAAGGAGGAUAUGGUCCAGUUUAUAAGGGAAAGCUACAGGAUGGUAUGGAAGUAGCGAUCAAAAGGCUUUCUAGCAGUUCUGGACAAGGUGUAGAAGAGUUCAAGAAUGAAAUUGUGUUGAUAUCCAAGCUCCAACACAGAAAUCUUGUCAAGCUCCUCGGUUGCUGCAUUGAAAGAGAAGAAAUACUAAUUUAUGAGUUCAUGCCUAAUAAAAGCUUGGAUACUUACUUAUUUGGUUCUAAAGCAAAUGCAAAACUUGAUUGGCAUAAACGAUUUAACGUCGUCCUUGGAGUUGCUCCGGGGGUUCUUUAUUUCCACCGGGAUUCUCGUUUAAGGAUUAUACAUCGGCAUUUGAAGGCGAGCAAUAUUCUUUUGGAUGAAAAUAUGAAUCCAAAGAUAUCUGACUUUGGACUGGCACGAAUUUUUCAACGUAAACAAGAUCUUGCAAAUACACGUAGAGUUGUAGGAACAUUGGGCUAUAUGUCUCCUGAAUAUGCAUUGAGUGGGAUAUUCUCUGAAAAGUCUGAUACAUUUAGCUUUGGGGUCCUGCUGCUAGAAAUCAUUAGCGGCAAAAGGAUUAAGAGCUUCAUCUAUAAUGAAGACCACUUGGGCCUUCUUGCUUACGCAUGGCAAUCAUGGAAUGAAAACAGAGGAUUGAGCAUGGUGGAUGAAGCACUUUCUGGGUCAUUUUCUUCAUCGGAAGCGAUUAGAUAUGUGAACAUUGGACUUCUUUGCGUACAGGAUAAAGCAGCAGAUAUGCCGAACAUGCAGGCUGUAGUGUCAAUGUUAAGUGGUGAGACAAAGCUUCCACAACCAAAAGAACCUACGUUUUUGUUCCAAACUACCUUCAACUGCCAUGUUCACUCAGAAAACCAACAUGCAUUGUCCAUAAAUGAGGUCACUGAAUCAAUAAUCCAAGGGCGUUGACUUGAUCAAACCAACACAUGAUUCCAGAAUAUGAAAUAGACUUUGCUCGCUUUAUUGGUCAUGCUUAUCGUGGAUUUCAAAUUUGUACCUGACAAACUCAUAAUCAUGGUUGGAAAUUUCUUUUCCAUCUCCAGCAACUGAGGUCUGAGCUGGACUGAUUUGAGGAAUUCACUGUCCAAAUUUCUUUCAUGCAAAUACUUCCCGAGUACUUCUUCAGCAUCGUGAUUAAUGGUCAUUAUCUCGGAUUGAUAAGUUCUAUUUCCUUCUACACAUUGUUAAGUUUCUGCGUCUUAUUUGUUUGUGUAAAGUGUAACAAAAACAAUUGUCGAAUUUAUAGAAAUAAAUAGAAGAUAAAUGAUAAAACAAGUAUUAGUUUAACA